AAGGCUGAGAAACUUUUAUUUAACGAGAAGAAACGGGGGAAAGGGAGGAAGAGGAGGAAGAGGAGGAGGAGGAGAGGAGCGUUCUUCUUUCUCAGCGCCUGUGUUCCUGUGUCUUGAGCACGCUGGCAGCUCCACAUGUGGCAGGAGGCUCUGUGGACGCGCGGUCGGUACCUGCUGGAGAGGAGCGAUGGAGGAGGCGGAGGAGGAGGCGAGGGCGCGGCGGUGGCGGUAGUGGCGGUGGUGGAGGGGCCCGACAGCGCCGCAGACGGGUUCCAGGCGGGGUUCCAGCCGGGGGACGUGUGCCCGGAGCCCCACAAGCCCCAGGACUGGCUGUACGAGUCCUACUACAGGAUGAGCCAGCAGCAUCCGCUCAUCGUGUUCCUGCUGCUCAUCGUCAUGGGAACCUGCCUCGCGCUGCUGGCGGUGUUUUUCGCGUCCGGACUGAACACGGAGGAUCACCUGACGUUCCUGAUCACCGUCCCCGCCGCGCUCUUCCUCUUCCUCUCCAUCUUCAUCCUGGUGUGUAUCGAGUCGGUGUUCAAGCGAAUGCUGCGGCUCUUCUCCCUCCUCAUUUGGGCGUGUCUGGUCACUAUGGGGUACCUCUUCAUGUUCUCCGGAGGGAUUCUUAGCCCGUGGGAUCAGGUGUCGUUCUUUCUGUUCAUCGUUUUUGUCGUUUACACCAUGCUCCCUUUCUCCAUGAGCGGGGCCAUCAUCGCCAGCGCCGUCACCUGCCUCUCGCACACCGUGACUCUGAGCUUCUGCCUCGCCACCGUCACCGAGCUGGAACAUUUAGUGUGGCAGAUUUUGGCGAACGUCAUCAUUUUUACAUGCGGAAACUUGGCAGGAGCGUAUCAUAAACAUCUGAUGGACUUGGCGCUGAGGCAGACCUACCAGGACACCUGCAACUGCAUCAAGUCCCCCAUUAAACUGGAGUUCGAGAAGCACCAGCAGGAACGCCUCCUCCUGUCCCUGCUGCCGUCGCACAUCGCCCGGGUCAUGAAAGCCGAGAUCAUCCAGCGGCUCCAAGGGCCCAACUUCGGCCGAACGGAGAGCACCAACAACUUUCACAACCUGUACGUGCAGAGACACACCAACGUCAGUAUUUUGUACGCAGACAUCGUGGGGUUCACGCGAUUGGCCAGUGACUGCUCUCCAGGCGAACUCGUACACAUGCUCAACGAACUCUUCGGGAAGUUUGACCAGAUUGCAAAGGAAAACGAGUGCAUGCGCAUCAAGAUCUUGGGUGAUUGUUAUUACUGUGUGUCUGGUUUGCCCGAGUCGCUGCCGCAUCACGCCAGGAACUGCGUCAAGAUGGGCCUGGAUAUGUGUGAGGCCAUCAAAAAAGUCCGAGACGCCACAUGUGUGGACAUCAACAUGCGCGUGGGCGUCCACUCGGGAAACGUCCUCUGCGGCGUCAUCGGCCUCAGGAAGUGGCAGUAUGACGUCUGGUCACAUGACGUCACUUUAGCCAAUCACAUGGAAGCGGGAGGCGUGCCCGGGAGGGUGCACAUUUCCUCCGUGACCUUGGAACAUCUCAACGGAUCGUACAAAGUGGAGCCCGGGAACGGACAGAGCCGGGACUCGUACCUCAAAGAACACGGAGUGGUCACCUACCUGGUCAUCAACCCCAAGACAGACCGACACAGCCCUCUCCUCGGCGUCCGCUCUCGUCCUUCUCUGGAUGGAGGUAAAAUGCGAGCGUCCGUCAGAAUGACCCGUUACCUCGAGUCCUGGGGCGCCGCCAAACCGUUCGCCAACCUCCACCACCGAGACAGCAUGUCCACCGACAACGGCAAGAUCAACACCAGGGACGUUCCGAUGGGACAGUACCACUUCCAGAGGAGGGAAAGGUCUAAGUCUCAGAGGAGGAGGUUUGAGGAGGAGCUUAACGAGCGAAUGAUCCGGACCAUCGACGGCAUCAACUCACAAAAGCAGUGGCUUAAGUCCGAGGGCAUCCAGCGCAUCUCGUUGUUUUUUCACAAUAAAACGCUGGAGAAGGAGUACAGAUCCACAACGUUACCAGCCUUCAAAUACUACGUCACCUGCGCCUGCCUCAUCUUCUGCUGCAUCUUCGUGGUGCAGAUCCUCGUCCUGCCCAGGACGGCGGUGCUGGGGAUCUCCUUCGGGUUGGCGUUCCUGCUGCUGGCGCUGAUUCUUCUUCUCUGUUUCGCCGGGCACAUUCUGCAGGGAGGGAAAGGCUCCGUCUGCUCUCUGUCCUGGGUUCCAGCUUCUUCACGGAUCAUUGUCACUAAUAACCCCUGGCUGAGACUGGUCCUCACCAUCAUGACGACCGCCCUCAUCCUGGUUAUGUCCGUCUUCAACAUGUUCUUUGUAGAGGAUCCCGGAGGAGCGCCAGAUGUUUCACAGAUCCCUCCGUCUGAAGCGCUAAUGACCGCGGCACCUGUGAAUUUCACCAACAGCAGCGACGGGAGCCCGCUUCUGCACCAGGACCACACCUCCGGACCGCCGACGUUUUAUCUCCCGUACUUCAUUUACUGCUGCAUCCUGGGCCUGGUGUCGUGCUCCGUGUUCCUGAGGAUAAACUACGAGCUGAAGAUGCUGGUGAUGCUGGUCGCCCUGGUGAUCUACAACAUCAUCAUCCUCCAGACGCACGCCCCCCUGCUGGACAGAGUCAGCAACGCCCUGACCGACACGCUCGACAGCCCUGGAGUACUCAAGGACCUGAAGACAAUGGGCUCCGUGUCGCUCUUCAUCUUCUUCAUCACUCUUCUGGUAUUAGCGAGACAGAACGAAUAUUACUGUCGCCUGGACUUCCUGUGGAGAGACAAGUUCAAGCGAGAGUGUGAGGAGAUCGAGACCAUGGAGAAUCUCAACAGAGUUCUGCUGGAGAACGUCCUUCCCGCUCAUGUGGCCGAGCACUUUCUGGGACGACACUGGAAAAACGAGGACCUGUACCACCAGUCGUACGAGUCCGUCUGCGUCAUGUUCGCCUCCAUCCCCGACUUCAAGGAGUUCUACACCGAGUCCGACGUCAACAAAGAGGGACUGGAGUGUCUCCGCCUCCUCAACGAGAUCAUCGCCGACUUCGACGAGCUGCUCUCCAAGCCCAAGUUCAGCGGCGUGGAGAAGAUUAAGACCAUCGGCAGCACUUACAUGGCGGCUACCGGGCUCAACGUGGCGCCGGGACCGGAGUGCACGCAGGCACACGACAGACAGUACAUGCACAUCGGCACAUUGGUGGAGUUCGCCUUCGCUCUGAACGGGAAGCUCGACGUCAUCAACAAACACUCCUUCAACGACUUCAGGCUCAGAAUAGGAAUAAACCACGGACCUGUGAUCGCCGGCGUCAUCGGAGCGCAGAAGCCUCAGUACGACAUCUGGGGAAACAGCGUGAAUGUGGCCAGUCGCAUGGAAACGACGGGAGUUCUGGGGAAAAUACAGGUGACAGAAGAAACGCAGCGAAUACUCAAAAACCUGGGAUACAUGUGCUCGUGCCGGGGCCUCGUCAACGUCAAAGGCAAAGGCGAGCUGACGACGUACUUUGUCCACACGGAGAUGACGCGAUCUCUGUCACAGGGGACCGUGAUGCCGUGAGCGAGCGCCGCUUUAACGGAGCCUAAAGACUCUUAAAGAACGCGACCCGAGCUGCGGCUGUUUAUAGCUGUGACUGUUGUAAGUAAGAGACUCAUUACGAGACGGUAAACGAGCAGACGAGGACUUGUGUCGUUGGCGCGUCUGCUCUUAGGCUGGUUAAUCAGGAGCGGAGCGAGAGUUUGGCCGUCGGAGCGCCUGACUAAAUACACAGAAGCUUGCUAAAUUAGUUCUUGUGGGUUGCAGUCGCCCGUGUGUACAGUAGUAGUAGCGACGCGGAGUUAAUUAGCCGUGGCGGUGUUUCGCUUCAGAGCCUGUAGUCGACCGCGCUGCCUGUGGAGAGGAAACAGUGAGCAGCCCAUGCUAGCUAACCGCCAGCGCGUAAGGUAGAUGCCAAAACAUGC